AUGCCGUUCCAGAACGUGCAAGAACUGGAGGUUUUUGAUGCUACCACAGAAACCAUGAUAGGAGGUGGCCAAAGACGCGGGAGCAUCACGUUAGGUGGUGGGGAAAAACGCGGGAGCAUAACCCUCAAACCGCCGGGCGAAAGCACCGCUGCGAAAGACCAGGGUACGGCCGAGAAGAUGGGUCCGUCCACCGAGCUGAGCCCCAAAGCCGAGCUGUUCCGAUCCCGACUCAUCCAUGACUUCAACAUGCUGGACUCCAUCGGGGAGACUGGAGUCUUCACCACCCCAAAAUAUCACACCGCAGAACUCAUGGACCCAGAAGUGAUGAACAAGCUAAUGGUGGAGAGUCCCAACGCGCUGGUGAAGUUCCAGAUCCACGAGCAUGUGGACUCGCUGUUCGUGGACCGCUCGCUUCGGCGCAAGAACCGCGUACGAAACAAGUACUCCAAAUUCCCCUCGGCGGACCUGUGGGCCAGCUGGAUUCUGGAGAGCAACUUUUUCCAGAAGUUCAUGUUGAUUCUGAUCCUGAGCAACUCCAUUGUGCUUGGCAUAGACUCAGAGGUUGGUGACAACGAGGACUACGCCACCCUGAACAUGUGCAUCAAGAUCUUUGACUACUGCUCCCUUAUCAUGUACAUGCUGGAGAUCAUCCUCAAGUGGCUGGACGACUUCUUCCCCUUCUGGAGUAGUGGCUGGAACGUGUUUGACUUCAUCGUCACACUCCAGUCUGUGAUCCCAGAGAUCAUGAACAUGACAGGUGAUGUAGGGACAGGUGGUCUCGCCGUCAUUGCCAAGCAGAUGCGCAUCUUCCGUGUGCUGCGCUCGCUGAAGAUGGUCUCCCGUUUCCGCCAAGUCCGACUCAUCGCCCUCGCCAUCACUAAGGCUUUUCAGUCCAUGACCUUCAUCCUGCUGCUGCUCCUGACCUUCAUGUACAUCUUCGCUAUCAUGGGGAUCAUCUUCUUCGAGAACUACACCAAGGCUGAGGGCAUCUACCUCGAGUAUCAGAAGAGCUUCAGUUCAAUCCAGAACGCGUUCAUCACGUUGAUCCAGCUGUUCACGUUGGAUCACUGGCACGAGCUGCUGAUGGACCUGGUGAAGGUGGCCAACCCCGUCCUGUCCGGCUUCUACGUCAUCCUCUGGAUCUUCAUCGGAUCCUUCAUCUUCCGCAACAUCUUUGUGGGCAUCAUGGUGAACAACUUCCAGAACAUCCGUAAUGACCUAGUAGUAGAGGUUCAGCAGUACGAGCGCGCCAUUCAGGUGGCAGAGAUGGAGGAGAAACUCAAGAACGAGCUCUCCAACAGACGUGAGAGCCGUCAGAGCCUGCUGAGUGGACUAGAAGAGAGUGGAGUAAAGGGGGCUAAAAGUACUGAAGAGGUUUUGGAGACAACAGUCAUCACUGAGACGGUGCCUCUGACAGGGUCAUUUCUCAAUGCUGGUCCAGAGGACACAGGAAAGCCCUCUAAGAGUGCUGUCAGUUUCAUGGACCAGGAUACAGCGAGCGUCCAGCGGAACAUCAGUGACCAUCUCCUGGAGGCUGAGAAGGCUGAUGCAGAUUGGGACAGGAUUGUACAGGAGAACAUGACAGUUCUGUCUGAGGCCAUCCAUGAGACAGUGUGGCCCAGGGACACCCUGUUCAAGUACUACAGACUCAUGGAGAGAUGCUUAGUGUCAUAAUUAAUGUAGUUUGUGGGUUUUGUGUUGUAGAUUGGGACAGGAUUGUACAGGAGAACAUGACAGUCCUGUCUGAGGCCAUCCAUGAGACAGUGUGGCCCAGAGACACCCUGUUCAAGUACUACAGACUCAUGGAACGGCUACAGGACAACCUGGAGGAACGUAUGGAGCUGCACCGUC